AUAUAGUGAAUGCAGGGUCCGGGGAGACCAGAUAUAGUGAAUGCAGGGUCCUGGGAGAGCAGAUAUAGUGAAUGCAGGGUCCUGGGAGAGCAGAUAUAGUGAAUGCAGGGUCCUGGGAGAGCAGAUAGAUAUAGUGAAUGCAGAGUCCUGGGAGACCAGAUAUAGUGAAUGCAGGGUCCUGGGAGACCAGAUAUAGUGAAUGCAGGGUCCGGGGAGACCAGAUAUAGUGAAUGCAGGGUCCAUGCUGCACCAGUUUUAGUAAA